AUGAACUCAAGCCGGGAUCCUUUUGAAGAUGCUUUUAUGAAGAACUUUGUUGCUGUUGGGUUGGGUGUCAUCAUAACCUACAUCAAUGGAAUGUUUGUGAUUGCCUUUUUUAAAAAUCCAGUUUUCUACACUGACACAAGAUACAUUCUGUACAUUCACCUUGUCAUCAAUGACAUAAUUAUGCUCUUCCUUUCAGUUACUCUGCAUGUUCUGAGUUAUGCACUACCCUUUUUGAAUGUCACAGUCUGCAGUUUUCUGCUUCUGUUCGCCACAACAACUGCAGAAAACACUCCACUGAAUCUAGCCGGAAUGGCCUUGGAACGCUACAUUGCCAUCUGCAAACCACUGCAUUACCCUCAGCUUUGUUCAGUGAACAGGACCUACAUCCUCAUCGGUCUGAUAUGGAUUCUAACUUUUAUUCCUGCACUGACUGAUAUCUUCAUUGUCUUGGUGAAUGAACCCAUCAGUAUUUUUUCAACAUCCAUUAUUUGCUACAGCAAGAGUCUUUUCAGCACAAAUCAGCACUUCAUGAGAGCAAUCCUUAUUGAUGCGCUUUAUUUAUCAUGCGUGUGGAUGACGCUGAUCUUCACAUACUUGAAGAUUCUUCAGGCAGCUAAAGCUGCAACGUCUGAUCAGGUUUCAGCCAAAAAAGCCCGGAACACUAUUUUGCUCCACGGUGUGCAGCUCCUUUUCUGCAUGCUCUCUUAUAUUAUCCCACUUCUAAAUUAUUUUUUCUUUGCAUUGUUCCCUAGACAUAGAACCAUAUUUAUGUAUUUAGGCUAUCUAGUAACCAAUGUUAUUCCAAGGUUACUCAGUCCUCUUAUAUAUGGAGUCCGAGAUCAAAAAAUGUACAGAUGUGUCAGAAUGUAUUUUACAUGUAGUUUAUUUAAUACAAAAGUUAAACCUAAAGCUAAUGAAAUAUAA